ACUAAUCGUCUUGAAUCACACAAAGACAGCUCAACUAGUGACAAUGAAAUACACCAACAAUGGCGAGUGGCUACCGAACAAUGAACUUGUGCUCUGAAUCUUGGAGCCCUGAUUCACCACAACACCAUGAUUCAACCAUGAAGCAUACAAGUCUAUUAUUCCGGGAAAAGAAACGUAAACUAUUUAAUCCUCUCCGGUCCUCCUGAACAAUUCCGAGUUCUGCACCGCGGAGCAGCCAAGGUACCUAGCUAACCCCCCGACUAAUUAAUCGAAGUACCUAACCUAACUAGGGCGUACGAUAGAGGCAUACAAAGAACAAAGGAGGUAGACUAAUAAGCACGAGCAUACAAUAAAUAAAGCUCUAUGGCGUCUAACAACUACUACCAGAGCGGCCGUCAGGGUCGGUCUAACAACUACCCCCAGACGCCGCUACCAGUACCGCCGCCUCAACCUCUAUACCCCAUGCCUCCGUACCCAACGGCACCCUAUCCCACGGUUCCAUACCCUACAUCUCCCUACCCCAUGCCAAUGUCCAUCCCCUUAUACACCACCCCAUCCCCCAUCCCACCACCCCCCAGCCCGCACCGUCCAGCACCACCGCCCCCCAACAUAAACGUCGGUCCCGCACUCGUAGACAACUUCGUCGAGCGCGCCCACACGCGCCUCGAGCCCAGACGCGCCAACCCGACCUGGACAGAAGAAGUCCUAACCAACGACCUCCAAGACCAACUCGCCAGCGUCAAGCGCAGCAUCCAAGACAUCGUCAGCCAAGAAUUCCACCUCCCCGGCGACAUCGUCCCGCGCGUCACCAUCCGCCUCUCCGCCGUCGACCUCAACCCCGACGGGACAUGGCACCACGGCCGAGGCGAGCUCUGGCGCGCCGGCGCCACCGUCUUCAUGCCCAAAGUCGUAAUCCGGAUGCCGGAGCGCCGCGCCCCCGAACGCCGCACCACCGGCCGCCGAAUCGCCACGGGCCCGACCCCGAGCGACCGCGCCUACGUCGACGCCGCGAAGCGGGUUUGGGACGCCGUCGUCCACGGCCAAGGUCUAAACCGCUACGGCGUGCGCACUGAUCUGCGGGGCCUCCCGUUCGACCCGGCCAGCGACUUGUCGCACGCGUGCUUCGAGUUUCAAGAGAAUUCGGGCUCGGCUGACGACGCGUGCCAUUUCAUGCCGACGCACGUGCACGUGUACCUCCCGGCGAAGGUGAAGCGGGUCGACAAUCGCAACACCUGGUUUUACGAGCGGCUGUAUGGGGGGAACCCCCGGGCUAUCACGCAUCUGACGAGUUGGGCUAGCCGUCGGAAUAUCGACUUGAGCUUUCUGAUGACGGCUCGCGCUUAAGUACCUAAGGAGCAAGAACCUGAGUCUGGGGUGAAAUUUUAAUUCGUGAUUUAAUCGGGUGGUGGCAUCACCGGUCGAACGUAGGGGAGUAAGGCGGCGUUGAUGAGCUUAUACCACUAUCGGAUUUGAUGAAUUAUUCUCAACAAAGCUUCGAAAUUGAUACCCAUUUGUAUGUAGUAUUAUUAGCUUAUCAUUAAGAAAAGAACUAAAGAGGUAUGAUCAUAUAUGAUAAAGUAUUUUGAUGAAAUCGUGUCUAUUAAGUUCGUGAAUCACUUUUCUUUAUUCUACAGAGGGGUAUGGCAAAUCUCCAUUAUCGGUCGUUAGGUAAGGUA